AUGCGAAAAAUUGUAAGCAAAAAAAAACGAAGGUACCAACAGGAUGGCUUCGAUCUCGAUUUAUCAUACAUUCGAUCCAAUAUUAUUGCAAUGGGAUAUCCAGCCGAUAGUUACGAAGGAGUUUAUAGAAAUAAUAUUUAUGAUGUUAGCCGGUUUUUAUCAUCGAAACAUGGUGAUAAAUUUUAUAUAUAUAAUUUAUGUGUAGAAAGUGAACGUCAAUAUGAUGGAUCCCGUUUUAAUAAUAAUGUAUGUACCGACUUUAGUUUUGAAGAUCACAAUCCGCCUCCUAUGACAAUGAUUUUGGGCUUUUGUCAACAUGUUGAAACACAAUUAAAUUUAAUGACCGAUAGAACAAUUGUAAUACACUGCAAAGCUGGCAAAGGUCGAACUGGUGUUAUGUCCUGCUGUUUUCUUCUUUAUUAUUAUCGAGACGAAUACAAUGAUCCUUUGCAAACAUUAAAAUUCUAUGCUCAACAAAGAACAUCUAACGAGAAAGGCGUUACGAUUCCAAGCCAACGUCGUUAUGUAGAAUAUUUCGGCCAUUUGCUUAACUAUCAAUUGUUAUAUACACCCAAGCAGAUUGUGUUUAUCGGUUUAUUAAUAACUUACGAACAAAAUCAAAUUCUCAAUUCAAGUAUUUCUUACACACUUAGCUCAUAUGAUCAUCGUAUACAAUAUCAAUCAUUUGAAAUCCCCCUCGAACGUGAUACGAGUGUACAUCAAGAUUUCAUAGGGAAUUAUUCUGUAUUAAAUGCAGCACAUAAAUAUUUUAUUCCAUCAUCCAAUCAGCAAUGUCAAAUACCAUUAGAAGAAGAUGUGCUCAUCGAAAUUUAUCUUACGAAAACAAGACGUGGAAAACCAGAGAAAUUAUGUCAAUUUUGGUUUAAUACUUUUUUUCUUGUCGAUUCUAAAAUGCAAUUUAUAUUAAGUAAUUACAAUGAAAACCAUCCGGACAGUAAUUUGGGUGUACUCAGUUCAUGUCUUAUACCUGAAUUUGGACAUAAACAUUUGUAUACGAUGACAAAAAAUGAUAUUGAUGGAUUGCAUAAAGAUAAAAUUCAUCGUCUAGUCCCAGCAUCAUUUGCAGUUUCUGUUCUAUUCGACUAUAUUCCUACAUCGCCUUCGACGUGUAUUCGCGCCAACUGA